AUUUAAAAGCUUUAUGUUUUUGUCAUGUUAUUAGAUAAAUAUUGAUUCUAAUCUGCUCCAUAUGAUAUUGUUGUGUGGACCUUUGGAGCUGUCUGAACACUUUAUCACCGAGCUAUUCUAUUUACGCUUGCUACAUUUAGCUGAGUUAGUCCCCCCCCCUUCCGCUAUGUAGACAAGACGGUUAGUGUCCAUUGCUGCACACACACACUAUUUAAGGUGUGUGAGUGCAUCUAACAUCCAGGACCGUUUUGCUGUACUCAUUGGAGCACACUUAAGUACAGAGUGUAAGUGUGGAAGUGCGCGAUUUGGAACAUGACCUUGUGUGUAGUUGUUGGCAAUAUUAUAAAAUGAAUGAGGUCAUAGUUUGCAGUCAUUUAAAACUACACUGCACAGCUUACAAUAAUCCUAUCUGCAACUCCAUUGAGAAUAUUACGCAGACUAAAUGUGAUGCAGGACAGUCAGUUUUGUGUUUUGUACCUCAAUCGACAACACAUAUUGUAAAGUAUUUUUGUCAUUACUGAGUUUAUUUAGUUUCUCAGUGAAAAUAAGCAUCUAUAAUUGUGCACAGUAAUAAUAAAGGCCAUUGUAAGGAUUCAUUAAAGAUUAAUAUUUCAAUGAAAGUAGGACAUGGUCAAGUUAGCAGGAUACAGCCUUUGUACUUUCACUUGCCUCAUGUAAUUAGCAGUGUUCCAUUUAAGAACAAAAAAAGUCUUAUCUAUGUAAUCAAUACCCACUCUCUUGAUAUAAUGUGCCCUUCUUAAGGCUUUCAUUCCUUUUCAAGUCCCUCUUAUUGGGUUACCACUUGGAGUUUUGGGCCUUUUGAAUUAUUUAGUUGAUUUGUUUAAGUGGAAGUCCCCAUUGUCUUUGACUGACAGGUGACAGGUAGCUAGUUUGCUCUGCAAGUUCUAGAAGAAGCCUCCUGUGUCAUUCCUUGCCGUGCAUGGACGUCGUCUGAAGACGCCACAAUGGAAACUUCGCUUGUUGUCCGGUUUGAUUAUGAAGAGCUGCUGUUUUAUGCUGCCUGUGUUUCUAACUGUUGGUGUGUGUGUCUGUGUGUUUGUGUGUUUGCGGAAGGCAGGGUGUGUAGGCGAGGGGGCGGUGGUAUGCGUGUGGGCAGCAGCUGGAGGUGGCAGCUCUCCCGGGCCAUGAGACUAGCACUGCGUUGUUGCCAGUUGUGCCCUCCAAAGAGAAGGUGUCGAGGCGGGAGAAGCAGUGGGCUUCUGGAGCUCUGGAGCUACAGCAAACUGCUGCUCAAAUCGCUAUACUUCAACAGCCUCAGCAACUCGGACACUUUCCUUGACUGUGUUUUUGAGCCUGUGUACUGGAUUGUGGACAAUGUGACACGCUGGUUUGGAGUGGUGUUUGUCUCGCUGGUCAUCCUGCUGACAACCUCAGUUGUGGUCAUCGUCUACCUGUUCGUCCUACCCAUGAUCCUCAGCACCUAUAUUGUGCCUUGGGUCAUCUGGCACAUCUGUUGUGGCCACUGGCUUCUCAUCAUGGUGGUCUUCCAUUACUACAAAGCCAUCACCACCUCCCCAGGACACCCACCCAAGGACAACUUCCAUAUGCCUUCCGUGUCCGUUUGUAAGAAAUGUAUCAACCCCAAACCGGCCAGGACGCACCACUGCAGCAUCUGCAACACGUGUGUUCUAAAGAUGGACCAUCACUGUCCUUGGCUUAACAACUGUGUGGGACAUUUCAACCAUCGCUACUUCUUCUCCUUCUGCGUCUACAUGACUCUGGGCUGCAUCUAUUGCAGCAUCAGCAGCAAAGACAUGUUUCUGGAGGCUUACAACGCUGUCGAGAGUUACUAUCAGACGCCCCCCCCGCCAUACACAUCCACAGAGAUGACUGCCCACAAGAGCAUCAUCUUUCUCUGGGUACUGACCAGCUCUGUGGCGGUGGCUCUGGGAGGGCUGACCCUGUGGCACGCCGCGCUCAUCAGCCGCGGGGAAACCAGCGUGGAACGCCACAUCAACCGCAGAGAGACUAAAAGACUCAAGGAGCUGGGCAAGGUAGAGAAAGUGGUACAUCAAGUCAGAACCGGACCGUGGAGUAUUCCUUUUUUGGAUUUCAGGUGUUCAAAAAUCCGUAUCAUCACGGGAGGAUGGGGAAUUGGAAGCUGCUGCUGGGUGUGGAGAAAACAAGCCACUGGUUCACACGGGUCCUCUUACCCUCGAGCCAUGUUCCCAAAGGUGACGGCAUCAUGUGGGACUGCACCUUCAGCAGAAGACACCCCAUGGCCAUCUGACACGCUUGCCUUUUAACACGCACCCACACCACACUUAUUGUGUUCUUGAUGGAUCUUUGUUUUGUUUUUUCUCAAAAAGGUGUUGCUGGUCAGCGUUUUUGUCCCAAUUCCAAUCCAACGGUCCUUUUCCUUUAGGAAGGUAGAACCCAUGUAGCGCAUGUCUGGACUUGCAGUCAUUGCAUGAUAAAAGGUGCUACAUCAGGGGUGUCCAAACCUUUCCCAGCGAGGGCCACGUCGGGAAAAAUGAAAGGAUGCAAGGACCUCUUUGAUAUUUCAAGAAAAAAAGGCAUCUCAGCUUUGUGCUACAAGUGAAAAAGACCAUUAUUAGUAUGAAUGUCACUCUUUGCUCCCCCCCAUUUUUGCUGUUUUUUUUUUUUUUUU